AUUUAAUAAUUAUAAUCAUGAUUAAAUAUCUUAAUAUCUUUAAUGUUACAGAGCCUUGAUUUUCACUUUCUCUUUUACAAGCAAAAAUAAAAUGUGAAGAGACGCAACGGGAAGAUAGCGUACAAAGUGGACUCAAAGGAGGGCUUAGCCGCGGACACCUAUCCUCUCGUGGGGCUUCUUCUCUAGGCCAUUCUCCUCCACCCCUGCCUUUCCACACUGAUUCAUCGUUCUAGACUCUACUUUGGGCAACAGUAGAUUUGCUGAAAGAUGAGCUGUGUUCAGAUGACUCUGUGCAUGAAGUCUAACAAUCCAAUGAUAAGUAAAAUGGAUGUCAGACGUGUAUCAUGGCUGCCCUCCUUUCCUUCCAAUCCAUUUGUUCUACCAAUCUGUGCUAAUCAUCUUUCUAGAAUUUCAGUAAAACUUUCAUCCAGUGCAUCACCUUUUCAACGGUUUGCACCACGUUUAGGACACAAGAAAAACAACUGCAUUUCGAAGUUUCAUCAACGAUCUCCUGUUUGCUUACUAGGAGGCGAGGAUAAUUCUGCAAGUGAGAAUGAGGGAUCUCCUUGGAAAGCUAUUGAGAAAGCUAUGGGAAGUUUUAAGAAACCACAAUCAGUUGAGGAUACCUUGAGGAAACAAAUGCAGGAACAAGAAUAUUAUGGAGGGGGCGAAGGCAGUAUUCCACCACGUGAUAGAGGUGGCAGCAGUGGUGGUGGCAAUGAUGCAGGAGGACCUGAGGAUGAAGGCCCCACAGACAUCAUGGAUGAGACCCUGCAAGUGAUCUUAGCAACCAUGGGCAUUAUACUCCUGUAUGUAUACAUCAUUAAUGGUGAGGAGCUCUUACUACUAAUAAAGGACUAUGUAACAUAUCAAUUUCGUGGAACCAAGAGUACUCGAUUGAUUCAAGCCAUGGACAAAUGGGGAAGGUUCUAUGAGAACCUAACAGAGAAGAAGGUAUAUGAUCAACAUUGGUUGGAACAGGCUAUUAUCAAUACCAGAACAUGGUUUGACUACCCCGAGAAAUACGGGCGGGUCUUCAGUUCAUCUUUGACGUCAAAUUCGGAGGAGUCAUCAUAGUCAUGUUCAAAUUAUAUUUCCUCGUUUGUAGAUGAUGGACAUUUCAUGUUUGUUUACAGAUAAAGUUUAUCUAUUAUGUUCUGAUGUUCAAUUGCCUUUACUCCCUUUUAACAUAGAUACUAAUGUUUCCAUGUUAUAUGUGAAAUAAUGAAACAAUCCUCUCAAA